AUGAUGGAAACCACCACCAUCGCGCCGCUCACCCUGCGGCUGCCCGGCGUGCAGCCCACCGACUCGCUCGCCGUCCGCCUGCGCCCCGACGUCUCCUACCACCUGCUUGAACGCGCCCCGAAGCUGGACGGCCCCGAGGCCUACGAGUCCUGGGCCUGCAAUGCCGAGAACGCCCUGGCCGAGGGCGGCUACCGCGGCUUCAUCGACGGCACAUGGGACCAUUUCGACCGCACCGAGUGGUGGCGCCACGGCGACGCGCAGGCCCAGGAGAUCAUCGAGAGCUCCUGCGCCGACUCCAUCCUGCACUCGGUCCUGUCCGAGGACGGCGAGGCCAAGAUCAACACCGCCGCGAAGCUGUGGCGCUUCCUGAAGGCCGCCCACGGCUGGCUGGGCGAGGUCACAUACUCGGGCCUGCUGCGCCGCUGGAACAGCGUCACCAUGGCCGCCUGCGUCAGCGGGGCCCGCCCUUUCGCGCGAGAGCUGAUGCAGAUCAACAAGGACCUCCGCGAGCUGCACGAAGCCUACGCAAAGGCCACGCUGGAGAUGAACGCCUGGUUCCUGUACACUCUCAGCGAGAACUUCGACACCAAGCCCGGCCAAUGCAUGGAUUUCGGCGAGUUGCAGCGCAAGGUCGCUGCCUGCGAAGAGACGCUGAAGCGCGGCGUGGCCACUGCCGCCGUCCGCACCGCUCAGAUCGAGCGCGACGCCGAGGCCGCAAAAGCAAGGCUGGGUAGCGGCGGCCGUUGCGUGGAUCUCAUCCCUGACGAGCCCAUGGUUACUUUUGGUUUGCGGUGCACCCCGGCCCAGCCUACCUUGCCGCUUCCCUCUUCGGGCUGGCACGAAAAGAGGAGGCUGGAUCAGCAAUGCCGCCCUUCGAAGAGAGUCAAGACUGAAACUUGA